UGAAGCCCUAGGGGGUGGAGAGGCCAAUGGGAUUUAAGGGGGUUUAAUCAUCAUAGCACCACCUCUGGCAGGGGUUGGGCUGCUGGGCAGGGAAUGAGGAAACCACAAAUCAUCCCCCCUGACCUGUCCUGCUGGAUCUGUCUCAGCUUUCAGAUCAGCUGGGGAGUCUGGAGCAGUGAGGGGAGCCAGGGCCAGGAUCCCCACCCCCGCUCGGCAUUGCUGCUGCUGAAUUGACUCAGUCAGCCCAAGAGGAGUGGAUCCCAGCCCAGCACCUGCAGCAGCGUCUGUAGCCCGAGUGUCAAUGAGAGAGACAUUGGGGCCAGCAACUGGGGCUGCUGAGAGGGAAGAGCCGCUGCAGGGGAGAGUUAACGGCAAUGGACACCAGGAGACUGGAUGGUGGCCAGAACCUCGUCGUAAUGGCAAGAAAUGCGCAGUCGCCCUCGCAGCCGCUGUGUUCUUAGGUCUCAUCAUCACUGUUAUUGUCCUGGCAGUGUUGUUAUCUGAGCGUUCUUCAGCUGUUCUCAGCCCCUGGUGCCCUGCGUGCCCAGACGGCUGGAUCGGGUACCGAGGGAAAUGCUACUAUUUCUCUGAGGCCAAAGGGAACUGGACCUACAGCCAGAGCAACUGCUUUUCCCUUGGUGCCUCCCUGGCUGCGAUCGACACCCAGCAGGACCUGGCUUUCCUGCUGCGCUAUAAAGGCAAAUUUGACCACUGGAUUGGCCUCCAGAGGGACCCGGGGCAACCCUGGAAAUGGGUCAAUGGCACCGAAUUCAACCACCUGUUUCCGAUAACAGCAGAUGGUGACUGCGCGUAUCUGACUGAGAAUGGGGUCAGCAGCUUGCGGUGCACCAGCGAGAGACACUGGAUCUGCACCAAUCCUGAUCCGUUUACAAAGGCGAAAGGGGGCUGAUAAGGGUAUUGUGGAAAUUAGCCCUGGAAAAACCUGGCUGUGAUCUCUGACCAUCGCAGCUGACAAAUUCCGGAAUAACAGGGAUUGCUCUGAGCACGAAAGACAAUUAUCUAUGUAACCUUUUCAAAUAUUUGCUGGGGGUGCAGCUAGGGGCCCAGCUACUGCUCCUGAAGCGUUUGCCUGGGGCUGCCUGAGCAGUGGCUGGUGCGGCUGGCCCCGGAGCUGCUCGGGUGGCCCUGGGGUCAGCUGCACCGGGCCACUGCAGAAUCAUGGAAAGUCACAAUCUGUGAUUUCCAUGACCUCUGUGAAAGACUCGCAGUCUUACUCAAGGGACACCUAGUACCUGGUAUGUAGGAGUAAGGGGAGAGAGACCUCUGCUCACUCCCUUCCUGGAGCCCAGUGGGUUAGAGGGCAGGGAGUGGGUAGGUGUGACACACGCGCACGCACACACACACACACGCCAAAGUCCCCAUGUCUCAGUAGGACACUGAGAAAUCCCCAGCUGGGGUCAGGCUGGCUCACCUGUGUUAAAAUGGGUAUUAACAUUAUAAGAAUCUGCUUAGACUUUAUUGAAUGCUUGUGUGCGGCUGCAGUGUUAAUUCACUUCUGACAGUCGUAUCCCACAUCGUAAGGCGAUAUUGGAGCGUUUAUACUGGGAGCCUCUGACUGUAACUCGCCAGAGUGGAGAGAGGCAUUAAGCAGUGUGAAGUGCUGAUCUCCAGCAGCCCAGAGCACAAGGGAGAGGGUGGAAUACAAAUCCCGAACAAGAAAUAACUAUAUUAAUCUCUGUGCUGCUUGGAGUCCCUGUUUAAAUAUGGAUAGUACUAUAGUGAAUGAAACAAUGGAUUCAUGCUACCGUGGCUCUUUUGGGUAAUGUUGGUCGCUAAUUUGGCUUCUGAAUCAUUGAGCAUCACUGCUAUAGAUGGUUGUUACCUUGUGAAACUUAAGAUUCUAGUUUAGGUGUGUGUGUGUGUGUGUGUAUAUGUGUGUGUGUGUAUAUAUAUAUAUAUAUAUAUA